CUACCAACUAUAUUUAUGGUACAAACUACAAAGCACUUCACUCCUCAUUUCUCAAACUGCACUCGUGGAACCAAGACAGCCACAUCUACAUACUCCGUCCAGGCUCGCCGCCGGCCGCCCGUCGCCAUCGCCGUCGCUUCACCCCCGUCCUGCCUUUCCACGGACGAUCAUAAAUGGCGCACGCAGUUUCUUCUCUCGCGUCAUUGACACUUUUCAGCCGCCAGCGAUUGCAGCGGCGAAAGUUCGCCCAGCCGCAUUCGCGUAAAUAUUGGACCAAUUCACGGUACUUUUCCAGCCCCGGCGGAAGUAAAGGACUCCGUGCUGUUGGUUCGAGUGAAACCGGAAGAUACGAUGCCGUUUCUGAAAUUACUGAAAGGGAAUCUCAGCCUUCCAGUUAUGCAUGGCCUGAUAAUGAGAAGAGACCAAGGGUGUGCAUACUAGGUGGUGGAUUUGGGGGGCUGUAUACUGCAUUAAGAUUGGAAUCGCUUGAUUGGCCUGAUGGAAAUAAACCACAGGUGGUUCUUGUUGAUCAAUGUGAGCGCUUUGUCUUCAAGCCAUUAUUAUAUGAGCUCCUCUCUGGCGAAGUAGACGAAUGGGAAGUAGCUCCUCGUUUCUCAGACUUGCUAUCAAACACUGAUGUUCAAUUUUUCAAAGACAGGGUGCAAUCAUUACAUCCCUCUGAUCAUUUUCAAAUGGAUGGGGCUGCAAUGUCUCAUGCUGCUGGAACUGUGCAUCUUGAAAGUGGUCUCCUUAUUGAAUAUGACUGGUUGGUGCUUGCACUUGGAGCUGAAGCCAAACUUGAUGUCGUGCCAGGUGCAAUGGAAUAUGCAUUGCCGUUUUCCACUCUUGAGGAUGCUCAUAGAGUUGACAAGAAGCUACGAGCACUAGAGCGGAAAUAUUUUGGUAUGGACUCUCCAAUUCGUGUCGCUAUUGUAGGAUGUGGUUACUCUGGAGUUGAAUUGGCUGCCACAAUAGCGGAAAGACUGCAAGGUAGGGGAAUUGUGCAAGCAAUCAAUGUUGAAAGAACAAUCUUGCCAAAUGCUCCACCUGGGAACAGGGAAUCUGCAUUAAAAGUUCUCUCAUCCAGGAAUGUUCAGCUUUUGUUGGGUUACUUUGUCCGCUGUGUAAGGAGAGAGAUUCGGGUGGGGACUUCACCUGAAUUCACUAAUGAUGAAGCUGUUCAUGAUAUUCUAGAAGCUCAUAAUUGUGAA